GAAAUAAGGGGUUCUCUUCUCACUCUCAAAUGCAUGACCUAAAAAAUCAUCUCCUCGGUGUGCAAUGUAUUCCUUUUCAACAAAAACUUCACAAUCAAAAGCUUCAAAAAUCUGAUCCGGUUACCAGAAUCCCUUUAAAGUACGAUAUCUAAGGAGUACAGUCAAUAGCUUUCUCUUCAUCAGCUGAUCUCUUUUCCAAAUUGUUACGGUUAUCGAAAGAGGAUGCAAGGAUUCUUUCAAACUCUUUGAUUAAAAAAUUAGAUAGGGGCUCCACCCCUUGAGACAUAGUGGUUUGAAAGAAAUCCUUAAUAUGUGUUAAUGAUGACUCAAUUCCCGGUAUAAGCAAAGGACAUAGAUCUUCAAUAGAACUCAACACCAAAGAUUGGUAAGAGUGGUCAACAUCAAUUUGUAAAAGGGUUCCAGAGAUUGAGAGCUCAUUCUGAAGGGAGAGAUCCAUAUCCAAGAUUUGAAGGUUAUAUGAAAGUCUACAUACACCUUACAUUUUCCUAAAAGGGUUCGUAUACAUAUGAGGAAGGGUUUUUGGGCCAUCUUGUAUGCCGAUUUUUUUGGAUCGGAAACAGUUAAAUCUCCGCCUCGCAUGAAUGUGAUGCUUUUAGCAAGGUCACGGGUGUAAUGAUUAUAACCCAAAUUCGAGCGGUUAUGCUAUUUAUCAUCCAUGGGGCAGUGUUGUGCUCAGUUAUGCAGACAAAGCAGAGAGGAGGAAGGUAAUAUUCCAGGUUCAUCAGAGCUUGCUGGUGGAAAUGUUCACCUAGUGACUGACGUGGACAACUGGGAAGAGAUAAUUUCUCAGGCAAACAAGAAUGCCCAAAUUGUAGUGGUAAAUUUUAGUGCAUCAUGGUGCAAUCCUUGUAGAAUAGCAGCACCCGCAUACCGGGAUCUCGCCGAUAAGUACACAUCAGUGAAAUUUUUAACUGUUGACGUUGACAAUCUAGCGGAAUUCAGUAAUUCAUGGGAUAUCAAAGCUACUCCGACGUUCAUCUUCUUAAAAGAAGGCCGACAGAUGGACAGAUUGGUGGGCGGCAGCAAACAGGAGUUAGAGAAGAGGAUACUUUCUAUGGUUGAGUCAUCUGUAGCUACCCCCAGAUGAUUCUGAAAUAGAAGUCAAUUUGCAGAUGUUUAAUUUGUUCUCUAAUUUGGGUUUUGAGGCUUCUGGAACUUUGUAGAUUUAUAUAAGCUUAGUACUUCUGUAAACACAAAUGGGAGAAGUAAUACUUCUGAAACUUUGGAUUAAUAACUUAGUAGAUAAAUUAAAAUUCUUGGGAGAAGUAAUGCGAAUGAAUAAUGCUAACGGUUGGUGUAAACACAAAUGGUUCAGCCUCCAGAACAAGUCUUUGUCGGAUACUCGGAUCAUUAGAGACUUAGAGCCUAUUUGGUAAUGACUGCAAUGGCUGAAAGUGCUGAAAGUGCUGAAAGUGCUUGGUUAUAUACUUAUAUUUUGACUGAAUUGACCGAUUGAAUGUAUAAUUACCAAAAGGGUAUUACUUUCUUUGUAUUUUAAAUAUAUGUAUGUUAGCAGUUUUACCAA